AUAAAAAUGAAAAUACUCAAGGAAAGUACGAGUACCUCAAAACUGUAAAACAUAUAAGUACAGUACUUGAGGAAAUAUAUUUAGUUACAACCCUCACUGAAAUCAUCUACACCUACCAUAUCUAUGGCUUAUUCAAACCAAAACUAUUUUCACAACCUAAAAAUAUAAAAUAUAAAAAAAAUGUUUUCUGUGAUUUAGGUGAACCUUUAAACGCCAGUGAAUAACAAGCCUUUAUGUCCGUGGUGUUUAUCUAACAUGGUAUUGUUGUUGUCGUUACAUAAUCAUUAAGCUGUUUAUUGUAAAAUGUAAUUUUUCCGAACGCUUCACGAGGCGGGAGGCUGUCGUCAUGUUCCGCUCCUCCUCGGUAUUUUCCGCCCGUCUCCGUCCCCGCGUCGGGCCUUUCCGGCCAGCGUCGCCAAUCUGUUUUCUCGUCCUUCUCCAAUCUCCGUGUUGUUGUUCCCGGUGACGCGGCGGAGGUGUAGCCUGACGCGGGCUCUUACGUGUCGGCCAGAAUAAAAGUGGAGCUCCGGAGGCCCGCGAGUGACGAAGGGAGUCCGUAUCGUUCGUACCAUCUGUGGUGCUGAUCAACAGAUGCUGGCGGCUGCAGAUUUUAACAGCCUCUCCCCGAAUCUUCAUCCUCACCUCAGCCGAUGAAGAUGGAGACCGUGGAGGUUCAGCAGGGACUGGAGGCUGUUGUGACUGAGACCGAGACCCAGCACAUCACCCAGGCGCAGAUCGCUACUCUGGCACAGGUAACAAUGACAACAGGGCACAUCUCAGCAACCGGUCCCACGGUAACACUGGUGCAGCUUCCCAACGGACAGACGGUUCAGGUCCACGGUGUGAUCCAGGCCGCACAGCCGUCUGUCAUCCAGUCCCCACAGGUCCAGACCGUGCAGAUCUCCACCAUAGCAGAGAGUGAGGAUUCACAGGAGUCCGUAGACAGUGUCACUGACUCUCAGAAGCGCAGGGAGAUUCUGUCACGACGCCCCUCAUACAGGAAAAUCCUGAACGACCUCUCGUCCGACGCACCGGCCGUCCCUCGUAUCGAGGAGGAGAGGGCCGAGGAGGAUUCCACCAUCGCCGCCGCCACACAUUCGAUCACCACCGUCACAGUGCCCACGCCCAUCUACCAGACCAGCAGCGGCCAAUACAUCGCAAUCACACAGGGCGGAGCCAUUCAGCUGGCCAACAACGGCACGGAUGGAGUCCAGGGCAUCCAGACUCUGACCAUGACCAACGCAGCAGCAGCUGCCCAGCCCGGAGCCACCAUCCUCCAGUACGCGCAGACCAGCGACGGCCAGCAGAUACUGGUUCCCAGUAACCAGGUGAUGGUCCAAGCCUCCUCCGGUGACGUCCAGGCCUACCAGUUCCGAGCGGCCCCCGCCAGCACCAUCGCCCCGGGGGUGGUCAUGGCCUCUUCCCCUGCCCUGCCCACCCAGGGCGCCACCGAGGUAGUCACCCGCAAACGGGAAGUCCGCCUCAUGAAGAACAGAGAGGCAGCGCGGGAAUGUCGCAGGAAGAAGAAGGAGUAUGUUAAGUGUCUGGAGAACCGAGUGGCCGUCUUGGAGAACCAAAAUAAGACACUAAUCGAAGAACUGAAAGCCCUCAAAGACCUGUACUGCCAUAAAUCCGACUAGUUCGUUAUCCCGACUGCCCGACCUUCCACUUUGCACACGGCUCGCUAAUCCAGUCCUACUUCUACUACCUUCUCUUCAGUGGGCUGUCAAUAAUCAUUCAUUUCAAAAAUACACACAAUCUUUCCAAUAUCAAUACACCAAAACAGCAGCUACAAUCCAGCUGCUGACAAGUUAGUGGAACACUGUGCUCUUCAUUGUAGGGGUACUACACUGGACAGCAGAGUCCAACGAGGGCAAGGACAUACUCUCCCCGGGGUUCAUUUCCACCAUCUACAUGGUCUCUUUUUACAGCCAGAUCACGUCAAACUGAAUGGUGGACUUGCUCAUAUUGAAUGGCCUCCCUGGACUGUAUGCAAGCAAUAACGCCCGACAAAUUGCCCUUAAAGCAUCGCCGUUGCUGCUAUGGUUACCUGCAGUGAAAAUGUGCAAUUGUUAAACUCUGUUGAAUGAGUCACAUAUAAUAUAUUUAUUAAUGAGUAUUUUCACUGUUUAACUUUACAGUCACUAUGAUGAGUUCAGUGUCAACAGUCAACUGGCCAAAAUUAUGACAAGAAAAAAAAACAUUGAAAGUAUGUUUAUCCUAAAACAGUGUCUGACGUUUCGGUUUCAGGAUGUGAAUGAAUUAUGAUCUUCUAACUUAAUCCACAUCGACUUUUUUCAGAAAUAUGGCCACCAGUGUAGCGGACUCUACAACUAAUUGGACACAAACAAGUCUUUUUUUAUUUUAUUUUUAAGAUUCUACCAACGGCCGAUCUUUUAGGAGGCGGAGCUGCGUGUGUCAGCAGACGGUAACUUGGCCACAACAGACGGUUGUUGAGGUGCUAAUAAAAUGAGACCAUUAGCAAGCCGAGGCACUGUUUUAUAGGAAGAUUAUUGUUUUUACGACUUGGGGUUCCAUAUUUAUAUUUUUGGCCAACAUUUUAUAAGUUAAAGUAACAUUACUCGCUACCUUCGGUCUAGUAGGGAAGCAACACAAGAGGCCGUUUUACCUCAGUGUAAACUAAUCUGAAUGUUGAAGUUAUUACGCAACCUGGUUGCUUUGACUGACAGCACUUAACACGGUUCAGCGCACAAGUAGUUUUUUAGAGGCAAAGCUCAAUCUUAAUGAUAUAU